UUAUCGUUUCUUUCUCAUUCUUUUCUUCCCAUUGUGUUUCUACAAGAUAUGAAGCAUCAAUCCUAGUGCAUCUAUUCAGCUUUGAAUCUGCUAGUCUUUUCGCCUCUUUCUUCAAUCAAUUCUCUAGAUUUCAAUCGGUUGAUUCUAGUCUAGGGUUUGAUUUCUCCCCCUUGUUCUCAUGUUUGAUUUCUCCCCUAAAUUGGUUUUUAAUUUGCAGCCAACUUGAACAUACACAAAUUUGGGGUGCUUGUCGGAAUAGUAUGAGCUUGAAAUGAUUAGUGCUUCUGUGUUAGAUUUGAGCUUUAGAUAUCUUGAAAAGAGGAAAUGGAUGUGAGCAACUUAGCCUAGAACGAGGAGCGAAGGGUGAUGUGUUUUGUCUUGUUUGAAUAGUCUGAACAUUUAAACAUCUGUAUGAAUAUGUGGAUGCUCCAACAGAUCAAUACCCUGAUGUGAAGAAUAGCUUGGUCUUGAGACCAUGGUGUGGAUAUAUAUUAAAUUGAAAUCUCUACUUUUACUAGUCCUUAUGGCCUCAGUUCCUCAAAAGUGAUUGAUUUGUAUGACAUGGAGAUCUUGGUUGAAUGGUAUAUUUUGUAUAUGAUCAUAUGCUGAUUUUUGCUGAUCAGAUUAUUUCUACUUUAUGUCUCUAUUUUCUGCUCCCAAGCCCUGCUUUUUCCUUCAAAUUCCUCCUAAUUUUUGCCCUCUAUCGUUCGUAUCUAGUUGAAAGUUGAAUUUUUGUUGUUUAAUCUAAUUGUAUAUGGUCUAAUGGUUUGUCAAAUUCACAUUGUGCAUUUGGUUGGCAGUGAUCUUGAUACGUGAGGUACAGAAAUGGAUCCAAAAGGGAACCUUUGUGCUAACACCUGGGCAAGGUCCUCUUCAUUAAACUCUUUGGGGAAUGGAUUGCAUGUUAAUCUGUCAUCAGACACUGCCUCUUUUACCAAUCUCAGUUUGCAGCACAAUCAACCAUGGGAUGUUCCCUCUAUUCCAGAUUAUGGCCUCAGUACUGAAGCUCCAUUCAAAGAAUUCAACCAACUCUCUCAAACCCAACCUUUCCUUCCCAGCGACCCUAACAAUGAGAUUAAGAUCCCUGCUCAAGAAAAUUGUCAAAUGAGUGACACAUCACAGACUGAUAAACUCCCCAAUUGGGACGCCAGUGUGAUGUUGAAUAAUUUGUCUUUUCUAGAAGAAAAGAUUCAUCAGCUCCAGGAUCUUGUGCACCUGAUUGUUAGCCAGAAAGGCCAAUCUUUUGUACGACCUGAUGAAGUUGUUGUUCAGGAACGACAGCUCAUUACGGCUGAUCUUACAUCAAUUAUUGUUCAGUUGAUUUCUACUGCAGAUAAGAAGUCUGAUGAGUCCACUCAGAUUGAUCUUUCCAAGGGUUGUGGGAUGGAGCAAAUCUGCAAUGUGGAAGAGCAUGAAUCAAAAGAUGAAGAAGACAUGGAGGAGGGUGAGAACCUUCUACCUGGGUCCUAUGAGAUAUUACAGUUAGAAAAAGAAGAAAUCAUGGCACCUCAUACACACUUCUGUACGAUUUGUGGGAAGGGGUUCAAGCGAGAUGCAAAUCUUCGGAUGCACAUGCGAGGUCAUGGUGAUGAAUACAAAACCCCAGCAGCGCUUGCUAAACCUAACAAAGAAUCUGGGCCUGAGCCAAAGCUUAUAAAGAGGUAUUCCUGCCCCUAUGCAGGCUGCAAGCGAAACAAGGAUCACAGGAAGUUUCAACCUCUGAAGACAAUCUUAUGUGUCAAAAACCAUUACAAAAGAACACACUGUGACAAGAGUUACAUUUGCAGCAGGUGCCACACAAAGAAGUUUUCAGUCAUGGCUGAUCUAAAAACUCAUGAAAAGCACUGUGGAAAGGACAAAUGGCUCUGUUCAUGUGGCACAACUUUUUCAAGGAAAGACAAGCUUUUUGGGCACAUUGCUCUUUUCCAAGGUCAUACACCAGCCAUUCCCUCAGAUGACGCAAAAGCCUCGGCUGGGCCACCUGAUCUUGAAAGCCAAGAAAACAGCAGUAAGGUAGAAGGUGUAAACUUGAGUUUUGCACCAAAUACUUCUGGAGAGAAUGGAGUUCAAAACAUCAUGGAUGUGAAAGGUGAUAUUGAUGAUCCUAUCAAUUAUUUAUCUUCGUUGAACUUUGAUACCUCUAACUUUGGUGGCUUUAAUGAAUUCCCCCGACCUUCAUUCGAAGACUCGGAAGUUUCAUUCUCCUUCAUCAUGCCUGGAUCUUUCAAUUACAAUCAGAAGAUUGGAGGAGUAGUUUCUGAUAAUCUUUAGUGAAAAGUAAUGGUGAUACUGCACCAAUUGAUAUCCAUGUAUUCCAUGGUGAUGGGAUCAUCUAUCUUUCCAUUUUCUACUAAAUUUGUAAAUGUUGAUGUCAGGUACUCGCAAUUGCUGAGAAUUUACAAAAGAAUGAUCUCUUCAGCUGUUA